AUGGAAUAUGAAAACAAUGAUACAUGGCGAAGAUCGAAUUCGCCUAAAGAAAUGUGUCACCCAAUACCAAAAAAAUCGACUACAGCAGCAGUAGUCGUCUUGGGUCUAGCAGUCUUGAGCUGCCUUCUUGGUUAUUGUGUUUUAAGCGAGACAUUACCUUAUGAAUCUAAAACUUUACGUCUUGUGAUAAUUUUCUUUCGUCAUGGCGCACGAACUCCCGUAAGUUCUUACAAAAGUGACCCAUUUAAAAAUUACCAGUGGCCCGAUGGUCUCGGUAGCCUAACAAAUGUGGGUAAGCUUCAGCUAUAUGAAUUAGGAAAAAAAUAUCGUAGCUACUAUGCAAACUUUAUACCAGAGGAUUACUAUGAAAAAGAUGUAUUGAUUCGUAGUAGUGAUAAGUCUAGGUGUAUGAUGAGUGCAUACACAUUUUUAGCUGGCUUAUAUCCUCCUUCUGAGAAACAGAUGUGGCAUCCUGAAAUACCAUGGCAGCCAAUUCCUGUAUAUUCUUUGCCAAGAGAUCUAGAUAAUAUAGUGGCAGCAACAAAGCCAUGUAAGGUUUGGAAAGCUAUGUAUAAUGAAUUAUUAGAAGAAAUGAAUGCCGACCCAAAAUUUACUGAGCUAUUUGACUAUUUAAGCAAACAUACAAAUCAAAGCAUGCGCAGUAUUCUUGAGGUAGACUUUCUAUAUAGUACAUUCCAAACAGAGCAGGAAGCUGGUUUGAAACUUCCUGAGUGGACUAAAAAUGUAUUCCCCCAUAAGAUGCAAGUCCCUUUUAUGCUGAGUCUGGCAAUGCUUUCUUAUAAUGAAACAUUAAGAAAAUUCCACACUGGUCCACUCCUUGGUGAAAUAAAGAAGCAUCUUAGAGACAGUGUAUCCCAUAAUGAAGAGAGAUCUUUAUACAUCUACUCUGGCCAUGACGUGAAUGUUGUAUCUCUGUGGCGCGCACUGGGUUUUGAAGAACUGUUGCAGCCAGACUAUGGUGCAAGUUUUGCUAUUGAAUUACAUGAAGAGGUUGAACGGGAUGACUUUUAUAUACGGAUAUUCUAUAGAAAUAACACGAAAGUAGAGGUCCCUAUGGAAUUGAACCUUCCAUUCUGCGAUGUCCCAUGCACAUACAACAGGUUCGAGGAGCAUCUUAAUAGUAUUAUUCUAAAAGAUUGGGAAGCUGAAUGCCAAAAUAUAAAA